UUUUUCUUGACCUUUACUCCGCCAGCAUUGCGGUGAUCGCCAUUUUUCACCGUCAACGCUGUGGGCAACGACGACGACGACGACAACCUGAAUCUCCGUGAGGGUUGAUAUCAUUUUUUUCUUCUGCGUAGUUAAAACGCCAGAAACGAGAAUUUGUCGUCUCUCUGCUGCCAUUGGCUCUUGUCUAGCAGUAUGGCCGACCGCGAGGCAUCGCCCAUUUCUCAGCUCCUCAACACUCUCGGCAUCACGCGUGAGGAGCUACACAGGCGUAGCGACCAGAUGCGUCAAUUUCUCACCGCCGACAGCACUUACUCUUCACGCGUUUCCGACCGUGAUUCGUCGUCCAAGUCAAGUUCGGCCUCCCUGUUGCGCUCGGCAUCACUCUCGACGAUGUCAGCGUCGACGUCGGCGCGUUCUUUCUCUCGAGCAAGCUCCAGCUCCAUGAUGGACGCGUCUCCGCCCCCUUCAACACCCAUUAAAUCCGAACCGGUCGAUGGUUCUUUGCCUCAGCGUCACUAUGACACCAUGGAAGAAGUCAUUGAACGACAACGCCUAGCCAGGAAAGAACGUAGGGACAGGAAAGGUCGGCGGGACAAGGAGAAGAAUUUCAAGACCCCCAGGUCGCACCCACGGUCGCCAUCGCCCAGCGCGUCGCAGUCGAGCGCUGGCUUUGGGUCAUCGCUUGGUUCACGCGACGAGCGCGUUGAUGACGGCAAUCGGUCCAAUUCGUCUGUAGCGGGGAGUCAUGAAGAGGGGAGACCGUCACCGCCGCCCUUGACGCCACAGCAGAGCAAGUACUAUCGAGCUCACACGGCCUCGCAGUCGUACAGUAGUCUGGUCAAGGUCAAUCCAAAACGGGAAUCACCCACCCCUAUCCGCCCACAAUCGCUACCCGUGUCUCAGCCAGGUCUUCACUACUAUUAUGCUCCAUAUUCUUUGUCAACGCUGUACUCUUCAGUACCUGCCAACGACGAGGCACCUGCUGCUGUUGAGCUUGCUACACCUACUCCAACCCGUAUCAUUAAAGCACCUGCGUCAAAAUCUUCGCCCUUACCGCCAUCUUCUCCUCCACCGUCGUCUCCCGUGUCCUCGCCAAAUAAACCAAUAGUCAACCUCGUCUCGUCCCCCGGGCCUAUAGGUCCGUUGCCCGUAGAGGAUGAAUACGACGGCCUACCCUACGGCCUACCUCCUGGUCCUUACUCUCCCAACAAACCAGAGUGCUCUUAUGCCGCUCUUCUCGGACAGGCGAUCCUGUCUUCACCUGGACAUAGACUUACUCUCCAGGAAAUAUAUGACUGGAUAACCAUUGUAUACCCCUACUUCAAGCGUGGGGAAACGACGUGGAUGAACAGCAUUAGACAUGUACUUAGCACCACCGUGUGUUUCCGUAAAGUGACCAGGGACCGUUCUCUUGGUCGGACCCUAUGGGCCAUUUGGGACGAGGAUCUCGAGUGUUUCAAGGGCGGAGGAUUUAGAAAGCAGCUGUGUAACGAUAUCAAGGUCAAAGACAAACCUAAUGCAAACGGCGGGACCAAGCGGUCCAGGAAAACUUCGGAAGGAGGUGGUGCUCCAAAGAACAAGAAGGCGAAAAAGGAAAAGGAAAAAGAAAAGGCUAUAUCACCGCCUAUCCUCUCCGCACCAUUGCUUCCGCUUUUCCCUCCAUCUCGUCCGACCCCACAUCAUCAGUCAUACUACGAGAGCUGUAUUCCGAAGUCCUUACCCUCAGAGAUUAUUUUCCCGCCCUUACCAUCAUCCUCUGGCUACCGGCAACUCGCCGACAGCAAAGCUGCAGCACAAGCAUCAUCAGCUGUGGCUCCUAACAGUGAGCCUUUGCAACCUGGUAGAGACGACGGCGAUUUGGAUUUGCCCCCUUCUGGGGAAGACAAACUUACACCACCUCACCUAAUGUCGUCUUCUGCUUCCGCCUCUUCUGUUCCGAGUUUCUUGCCCGAACUUACGCCAAACGAUAGCUCGUCGAGUCCUCCAGUUUCUUCCAGUGAUAUGGAGGUGGAUGCGGAAGCUAAUCUGGGUGUUACACCCGUUUCCAUUUCCGGCGUGGAUACAGAUGAGGAUGACGGAGGCCUUGAGGAGCAAGAUGUUUUUACAAUGCAAUUGAAGCCGGUGCGAUUCUGGGGCGAUUCUGAUAAACAGGAAGGUGCUCUUCAACCAGGAAUACAAUUGAAGUAUAUUGUACCGAAUUCUGUGCUGGCGACAGAUGACGAGGAUGACGAGGAUCUCGUGAAGGCCACAAAGAGUAAGAAACAGAAGAGAACAAAGGACAUUCCAGCUUCUCCUACUCUUGGGCUACGAUCCAACCCUUUGAAAGCAACGAGAGCUGCAAAAAAUACAUCUAGAUUGGCAUCACCACCCGUCACUGAAGGGCCCUCUACACCGCCGAGAAAGUCUACUUUCGGCCCGUCGUUCUUGUCACCCAUCCACACCCCGCUUUCGCACAGAGGACUGCACAUGAGUCCUUCAGCGAGUCUUGCGCAUUACAAGUCAAACCUUGACCCUCCACCAUGUGUGUCAUAUCCUGAGAAAACAGGGGAUAAUGAGAACCCUGACGAAGACAGCGACAACGAUCCUCGUACUCCGUCAAAGACACGUUCUGCUGCUACUUCCUCUGCGCUACCGGUAACUCCCAGGAGGUUGUUCUCGUUGAGUGACUCUCCGUUCCGGACGCCAGUUGGAAAGUCAUCGUUUCGCAGCAUUUACGAUCCACACGAUCCGACGUCGUUAUUGGACGAUGAGCUGCAUAGGAUGGGUGCCGCUGGUCAUGGAGAUAGCCCCGCAGGGUUGUUUGGCAAGUCGCGGGCGUCUUUGCUGUAUGAUAGCCCAGGUAAUGCCAUGGGUAAUAGUCCAGAUAAGUGGCAGAGAUGGUGGUAAAUGCGAACUUGAUUGUUUUUAUCUUUAAUGUGUAUGCCUGCGGACAUGCCACGUUGGUAUGGACGAUCCUCGAUAUAUGAUAUUUGAUUCUCUGUUGCCUGCUGAUAGUUUCUUUGUCUUCUUCUCUGCCUCUGUCUCUCUCCCGUUGUUACUAUCAUGUCACGUUUGUUGUACAUUUAACUAUCCAUCUGCAUCUAUAGUACCUUCAUUCCGGUGAGUCCGUCGGGUUUAGUCGGCACUUGACGCGUGACGUCAUCUUCGGACUAGCAGGCGGACGAUGUAUUU